GUUGAGAUGGCUUCCAAUGUAUUUCCAAACGACGAUAUCUUCUCAAGUCUUCGUUCGUGUGCUGAACGAUUUCCUGGAACUUGUAUUAACAAUUCGUCAAACGGAAUAUCGACCAGCUAUACUCAAUUGAUCCAAAACAUCGUGGCUACGCGAAAAAGCAUCCGAGAUGCGUUGCCCGCAAGUCACUUUGACAAUCGCGGACAGCUCCUCGACAAGUCAAUAUGGAUUGGACUCCAGGCACCACUUUCAGAAGAUUUCGUUGUUGGCUGUCUCGCAAUUCUCUCGGUUGGCGGGGCUGUUAUGCCUAUUGCGAUCGGCAUUCUCCAAGAGGAAGUGGAUCACUUUCUUGAGCAGACUAAGUGUGCUCUGCUACUGACACCAUCUAAAUCUGCGACAAAAGGUCACCAGAUUCGAGAGCCAACUCCCGAAAAAGCACACCGCCAUAUCCAAAGUGUGGCUAUUACAUGCAGUCAUGCCGAUCAAUGUGCUGAUGAUAGAGCGCAUUUGCAAAUUGAUGAAACUCUGAAGAUCCCCUCAAACCGACCUGGCCUCAUUCUCUUCACUUCCGGAACAACCGGUCCACCUAAAGGUGCGGUACUACCGCGGCAUGCCUUGCAUCCCAGAGAGUCGUGCACAGAAGCGAACCGUCGAGUGCAUCUUAGCGACCGCAUGGUGCAUUGGAUUGGAGGGGUGAUCUGCACUUUGCCGCCCCUGCUAGAGGGGCAUAUCAUCCAAGUCCUCAAGCCCGGCUCAUCAGCGGAGGAAUAUUGGGAGCUUAUCAAACAACAACGAGUUACCAAGGUGGUCUGGGGUCCUAUGGCUUUAGCCAAGCUAAAGCAGUAUUAUGAUGACAACUUCAAAGAUUUGACAAGCACAGAAAUCGAGCCAUAUGUAAGUGGGGCUCGUGCAAUCCAAGAAAUGUGCAUAGGCUCCGCUAUGCCAACUGCUUCUUUGCAGAAGUUCUGGGAGAGCUUGGUUGAUGCACCACUUGUGAUGCGUUAUGCUUCAACUGAGUCUGGAGGUCUUAUCAGUACACUGUCAAAGGUUAUUCCCUCGAAGCCCUCCAUUGGUCGGCCGCUUCCAGGGGUAGAUAUGAAGCUAUCCGAAGGCAAAAAUGGAGAGAUCCUCAUCAAGGGCCCUCGAGUCAUGUUAUACUAUCUGAACAAUGAAAAGGCUACCAAGGCUGCAUUUGAUGACAAGGGAUAUUUCCGGACAGGCGACCUGGCACACAUGGAAGGCGAUGAGUUCAUAUUCGAAGGUCGCGCUUCUUCAGACUUCGUCCAAGUGUACGCAUACCGCGUGCCUGUUAUCCCGGUUGAGAAUGGGCUCUUGAAUCUUCCAUACGUGGCCGAGGCUGUCAUUGUGGCAGUACCAGAUAGCGCAUGCGCAAACCAGCUGGGGGCCUUAUUACGGCUCAGGCAAGGAGAUAACCAGCUCUCAUUGUCUCAGUUGCGUGCAGAUCUCGCCAAUUCACUUCCAGCAUACACUCUUCCCACCAAAUUGCGAAUCCUACACGAGGGAGAGACCGUGCCCCGAACCGCUACUGGUAAGGUCAACAAGAAGGAUGCUUUAGCAACGUACUUCAUAGGCAGCGCUGCUAAGAAUGUUGAAACGUGUGCACCACAUACAAAAGGGCAGAAUGAGCCUACAAAAGCAUGGGACUGGGCUGGGUUACAGUAACGAGUGGAGC